AUGUCAGCAUUUAAUGACUUUUGCAUUGUGUGCGAUCAGCUCAUUCCACAAGACUCUCUGCCGCCUCGAGUGGAUGAGCUUCUAUACUGUAGUGAAGAGUGCAUGGUAAAGGAUACCAGCAGGGUGCCGCCUGCGGCGGCACCUGCUGAAUUGAGUGAAAGCGCUAGCUCACUUGGUGAUGUAGACUCGCUAAUUGCUUCUCCGCUUCUUCUGCCGAUGGACGGGAUGGUGCCGCCUCCUGCGAGCGGUAUUGAAGACAGCGACUACAUGCUGAUGGAACUGGAAUCUGCAUCACAGGCGGUUCCUCGUACGCAGGCUGUAAAGGAACCAUGCAGUCCGGGUGCGGGCAAUGCGGUUCAAGUGCUGGAUCGCGUUGCAGAAGACAAUUACAAAUUGUGGUUGUCGCAAUGCCAUUGGUGA